AUGGCGCCUGCAAUGCCGACAAGAAGGAGCAUUUCCUGGCUCGUUGUGUUAGCGCUAUGCGUGGCCCAAGCUCUCGCUGCGCAGUGUUCAAAUGACAGCCGUCUUAGCGCCAUACGAAAUGCGCCAACUGGCAGAAACGUCACGGCGGACUGUCUGUCUUUCCUUGCGCAAACUGCUCCCACAGGAACAUCCAGCAGGAGAACGACCACGACGACGGUGGCCAGCACAAAGAGGGUUGCGACUCUUACACUACAUCGCUCUGCGACCAUUACCACAAGGACAGAGCCAACGAAUUCGACCGCCUCCGAGACCGAAGAUAAUGGAAAUCAUAAGUUGACCGAAGUUGAUCACGAUGCCCUCAAGGUGGAAAGGCCGGGCUUCUUACCCGCACAGGCUCUCCAGGAGCGGCGGGUGACUACGAGCCCAACUUCGGCGACACUACCUCACUAUGCGAAGAAUUGCGCCUCGGAAGCCGAUUAUUCCUCGGCAUGCUCUUGCUUGGGACUCUCUCAAACCACUAGGGCUGCUGCUCGGCCAGUCACUACGACAACAGUUACUGUCUUCGAGACGGUUGCGAACGUUACCCUGCCGCCUUUUUUCGCCAAUAGCACGAUUCCAGGAAGGCAAAUUGGGACAGGGACAGGAACAGCUAUGAGCACAGUUUACGCGGGAAGGAAGAAUGGAAGUGGCAAUUCUUUACGUCCAACGACUUUGUUCACGAGCCGAGUGACUUCUUCCAUAGAAGCAAGCAGUGAUCCGGGGUCGACAAGCGUUAUCAGCUCGUCAGCACCUUCGGCCACCAAAUCGACCGUGCAUGUGGUGACAAUUGCAAUACCUACGACAACCAAGGAGCUGUUAUGGUUGAACACAACGUCGACCCACAGUUAUUCAGCUGGAGAAGCUACGGCAGCUCCUUACACCAACUCUACGGCAGCUCUAGCAACAGCACCUGCGAACAUCACGACUUUCUCCACUCAGCUCAAUAUUCCAAAGAGUGCCAAGUACCCAGUUCUCUUGAACAGCACAGCGUCCUGGCAUAACGGGACAUCUACCAGCUCAUUACUGGCAAAUACUAGUACUGGGGUGGUCAGGACAACCGCGAGUGUCAAGUUUUCAGUGUUCAAAAACACUACUGGUAGAGCCUCAUGGUACAAUAGCACAUCGAUAAGCUUUCUACCUCUAGAUCCCGGAACGGUUGUCCUCCUAACAACCGGAACAAAAGUCACACUCACAACCAAUCCAAUCACAUCCCCAACGACAACAACAACAACCAUCGCCCGCCUCCCCUUCCUCAUAAACACCACAUCCCUCUGGUCCAACAGAACCGCAACCACGAUUUCCACAGUCCAAGGCACCGGCACCGGCACCGGCACAGGAAUAUUGAUUACUAACACCGGCUAUCACAACACCUCAACCUCUACUCCCACUUCCACUUCAACCACUACACCAUCACCCAAACCAACAGCCACGAAAGACCUAACCUGCAGCGAAACCUCCACCCCCUUCUCGCUUCGCGUUUCCCAACCCGGCGGUACUUUCGAUAAGUGGUUUGUUCACGUCGUUGGAAACGAGUUGCUCUUCACUAUCAGUCAAUUUCAAGCAAGCUCAUUUAGUGUAGAGAAGACUGGACAUUUAUGUGCGGUGGGGUAUACCGAUGGGAAUGCUAGGCCGAGGAUUGCUGCUGUUGCUGGUGCUGUUGCUGAUGCUGGUGCUGGUGCUGCCUCCGGAAACGGAACUGGGAGUGGUGAUGGUGCUGGUGAUGGGGGUGGUAGAAAGGGAGUAGGGGGUGAGGGACCGGUGUGGAUGUUGAGGCAGGAAACAUUGAAAGUAUAUUCGGAGGAUUACAAAGCUUUGGAGUGUACGAAGGGGGAUGGGGGGUUGAGUUGUGGUGUUGGUAAUUCUACGAAUGAUGAGGUUGGGUCGGGGUGGGUUGGGUGUGGGUUGCAGUUGAGUUUGGGGAGCGAUAUAGAUGUUGGGUAUGGGGGGUUGAAUUGCUCGGCUGUUUCUUUGGAGGUUGUUGAGUCUUGA